CUCUUAUCAAUUUUCUGACAACUGCUAAUAUCCUUACAAGAAUGAUCAACGAAAACGCUAUUGGUUACACUGCAUUCGGUCAGUGGGUUCGGGAUUGUUGACCGGACAACACGAGUGUCCGAUAAUACGGGUUUUGGUUGGUAUGAGUGGUAAUGGUUCUCUUCUGUCGUCUGUCCUACCGACCGUAUCGUAUCGUGGAAUCGUGGUUCCGUUUACAUCGGUUUACAAACGGGGGAAAAGAAUUAGUAGUUAGUAAUAAUAAGUCAUUCGGUUUCGUAACUUCUUUGGGUGCCGAGCUCCCGUGGUUCCUACACCCGUGUCCACGCCGACGAGGGCCUAUGUCCCGUCGCGCGGCCUGAACUUGACGCCUCGCCAUACCAUCGCAUAACCAAGCCGGAUAUCCAAACCCGCGAGUGGUUCUUCUGUUGCACAACUCGUCCGUCCGUCCGUCUAUUGGUCACACGACGAAUUCGUUACUUGACCUGCCAUCAUCUCUGUACACGCCCGGGUGGCUACCACUGCCGCUACCGGAUAUCCAAGCUCGUGUUGUCAUGGCCGACUUUGGACGUGGGCCAGUUAUAUAAGGGGCCCCGCCGUACGACAGUGACGACACACCGCCGCCGCCACCACUGCUACCGCCACCUUCCGGCCCGCGACCGUCUCCGUGAUUGUGCUGCAUUACUCGUCGUCGUCGUCACUCCGCAGUGACUUUGGACACAUCAAAUUUCGCCCUAAACGAAUUUCGACCACAUCGCAAAGGUAACGUACUAUGCUGUUUGAAUCUUUUUUAAAAUAUAGUUAUUGUUUUCUUUUGGAUAUCUUUUUGACAAACAACUUCAGCAUGCUAUUUUAUUAGGUACCUACUUUCAUAAUAUACAUAUUUUAGAAUAUAUGUACACAUAUUUAUACAUAUAUAAUAUACACUCAAUACUGUUAUUUUCAACGACAGGGACCAAACUUUAUACGUAACGAAUACUUUUUUUAUUUCGUCCGCUCGUGUGAAGGUGACCUAAAUAUUGGUAUUUAGGAUGUGGCGCGCGUGAAUGUAGAACAGCGGCGUUGGCGACCGCAGAGGAGUGCUGUAGCAGGCAGCAGUCAGCAGUCGGCGUCGCUUGGCAGAAUUAGGUGGUCGGCGAGCGGUGGAGUGGUUGGGCAGUUGCGGCAAUGCGGUAGGGAAUUUUUUGUUGAAGGGGCCACGGGGGAUACCACCGGCGGCGGCAACUGGAUUUCUGUUCUCACUUUUCUCGUUCUUCAGUGCCGUCGCUGCUGCCAGCUCGCUCCUGACGACCUGCUGUCGUUGUGCACGUAAAAACAACUUACCGUACACCUGUCUCCAUCCGUGCGGUUAGGAUAGGUGGGUAUAGUUUUUUUUUCUCUUCCGGUCGGGAGUGGUGUCCCAUAUCGCCGUAUGUGCGCGUGUGUAGAACGGAGUUUCUCCUGGUUCUGGUGCGGAAGUUCUUUUAAGAAAAAUAAGUGCUUGUGCGUAGGUCGUCUGUCGACUGUGCUGUGAAGGUAGUGAACAGUGAUCACAACGAGUGUCCGUGCAUCGUUCCAAUCUGAUUCCUCGUGCGUCAGGAAUUCCUGCACUUUUAUUAUACAUUGAUGACAACUAUUGUACAUUUUAUAAGCUUAAUAUUAUUAUAAUGAUAUUCAAAUAUUAUUUUUUCUUUUGUUAUCAUUUAUGAAUUGAUAAGAUAACAUCUAGGCUUACCAAAAUUUGAAUUUUUUCUUUUAUCAUCACUGUGGCGUGUUUUAGAGGGAAAUAAUCGUAUUCCGAACAUUUUGCUUACUACGCGCGCGCGUGUGAGUAUCUGAAUACAUUCAUAUUCGUAAUAAUAUAAUAUUGUAUAAUAUAGAUAUAUACGUUUUGUUGUUAUCACAAUUCCCGAAAACGAAAUAUUUUUGUUCGUCAAUUGCAUUAUCAUUUAUUUUUUGUUUACUUAUUGCAUUUUGAAAUUAUUAACGAUGUAUUUAAGACACAUUUAUUUAAUUAUAAUUAUAACAAUUAUAAGUUUUUUUUAACCAUUUAAUUAUUUUACUAUCUACAACUUCACCAAAAACUUACCUUUGUUUACUAGGUAUCAAUAACAACAAUACAUUUUAAUAAUUUACUAUUCUAUAUAGUUAAUAACUGUGGUUAGUUUUGGAUUUAUGUAUAAAAUUGAAUAAUAUGUAAAAAAAAAAAAAAUAAAUGCUUAAUCUGUAUAUUUUUUUCUGGAUUUCCAUUUUAAUUUUAAUAGCAGUUAUCCCGUGUUUACAGAUUGUUAUCUGGAUGUGAUUUAUCAGCUAAUUGAAAAUGUAUGAUAUCUGUUGAGUUAUUUUUGAAUUAUCAAAGAAAAUAUUAUAAAUUAAGUUAUUACUUCAAUUUUCGGUGAUUUAUGAUUAUAAGUUUCUCAUAUCUCAAAUUUUAUUAAUUAUUAAAAAGUUAAAUAAGUACCACAAAUUAAGUUAUAGAACUGAAUAUUAAUAAUACAGCUUUUUUUGUUUAAUUUGUAUUGAUUGAUUCUCUAUUUAGUUAUGAUUUACAAUAGGUAGGUGUAUUUACAGUAUAACAUUAAGCAAUACACAAAGAUCUAUUUGUAUUUAUUCUAUUAAAUACUAAUCGACCAGAUUUAGAAUCCAUCGGUAAAUAAUGUAUUUUUAAAAAUUUUUGAUCUUAUGCUUCAAUUAUUUGGUAGAUAUCUACUUUUUAUUCAUUGGAUUUUAUACUCUAAACAUACCUACCUACAAUAUUUCUGAGAAAAUAUAUUAAUUUGUAGCUACUAUAUAUAUAUAUAUAUAUAUAUAUAUAUAUAUAUAUAUACUCCUUUCUUUAUUAUUACUAGUAUUAAAAUGGAAUAUAAAUAUUCUUGACUAGAUAUACCUAAUAAACCUUGAGUAAAAUAAAAAUAUUUUUUUUGUUUUUAAGAGUAAAAUUUGUUGUUUUUAAGAAUUCUAAGAACUUCAUAGUUAGAUGGCAAAUUUUACACAUUUCAUAUGUUUUUGAAUGUUUAUUAUUCAUAAAUUAUGAAAUUUAAAUUUACCAGUAAAUUUUAUCUUAGAAAAAUUAUAUAUAUAUAUAUUAAGUUAUCUAAGAACUAUUACACUAUUAAUUUCAUAUUCGUAUUUUAUAUUUAUAACUAUACCAAUUGAUAUUACUAAUACAAAUGGAAGAAAAGAAAUAGUCAAUUUUUUGAGGGUUUUUUUUUUAAUAGUUUCUACUGUAGUAUUCACUAUUUAACAACAAUAUUUAUCAAUAUAUCUAUAAAAUAACACACUAUUCAUGUAUAAAAAUUGGUAACUAGAAAAAACUGAGAUAAGAUAAAUCUAAUAUUACAUAACUUAUUGAUGACUUAAUUUGAUAAGUUGAACAAGUGUGAUGCAGAAAUCUAGUGGAUAUUGCUAAAUAUUAAUUUGCUUUGCUGACAUUGGCACAAAAUAGUAUAAAUACCUACAAUUAUUACUUUUGAUAGUAAUUCAAAAUGGUUGUAGAUUUUCAUAUCAAAUGACCAAUUUAAUAAAGAUAUUUUGAUAAAUAAUAUUUAGAUAGUAACAGAAAAUUUGAUUCUUACUUUCAGGUUAAAAAAAAAAAAAAUAUACUUCACACCAUGGUUGUGCUACUGUUGUUGGUGGGAUGCUUAGAAUGUACAAUAUAAAAAGUUACUCAAUUAAUGAUUUCACAACAAUAAAUCAUUACUAAAAAAAGGAACUGAGAAAUUCAACUAAAAUUAAAAAUAAUUGUAUUAAUUUCUGUCGACAAAUCGCUACAAUAUUUUUUCAUUUCAAGUUUUUGAAGUAAAUCAGAAAUUUCAUCCAUAUAAAAAUAUUCAAAAUAUUGUGAUAAUUACAAUUUUCAUCAAAAUUUGAACUUAAAAUACUUAGGUAUAAAAAAAAAAAAAAAACUAGACUACCGAUUUUCAAUUUUUUUAUAUGACCAUAAGAACGACUUAAGGUGAACUUCAUUAUCAAAUUUUCAAACAUUUUUGAAAAACCAAAUCAAUUUUAUUAAAAAAAAAAUUAAAUCUAACAUUUCAAAUAGCUUUAAAUACCUCAAAAAUAUGCAUAGUAAUUAAUAAUAAAAGGAUCACUUUUAGAAAUUGCUAACAUAAUUAUUUGGUUGAUAUUUCAAAUCUCUGUGAUUUUUUUUAAACUCAUAUAUUUGAAAAUAAUAAAAAUCUUUUUUGAGUUCUUAAAUAUAUUUAUUUUUCCAAUGUUUCCCAGUUAUUAAAAAAAAGUAUAGCUUAUAUUAUCAAAAUAUGACCUUUCACUGUAGCAACUACAAAACAUUUAAUACCUAAGUCUACAUCAGUGCUUCUUAACGGAGGCGAUAUCGUCCCGUUGGGCGGUGAGCUCGUUUAGGGUGAUAGUUGGGGGGGGGGUGAACUUUUUUCUGUUCAAUGCAACGUACCAAGAUUUGUCUGUAAUUGUUUCCGUUUUUAUCGAUUUAUAAAAUAAACUCGUGAUUAUGAAAUAUAAGCUACAUAUACCAAAGCAUCAAACGUUUGCUUAUCUGUAAUCGUUUUCGAACACCUUCAGUCUUUGGUUAAAGAUUUUUCACAACAUUUUAAAGAUAUUAUGCUUCUGGAAGUUCCUCAAUGUUUCAUAAACCCCUUUUUAAAUAUUAAAUCAACAAAAAUACAGUGUCAAGAAGAAUUGAUCGAAAUUUCCACUAACGAGAUGUUAAAAGCAAGUUUUAAAAAUAUUGAAAACCUCACAGAAUUUUGGCUCCAGUCUACUAUUAGUCGAAUUUAUCCUGAGGUGUGGACUGUCAUAUAAAAAUUAUUAUUUGCCUUCCCUUCCACUUACCUCGUUGAGCGAGGAUUUAGCGCGGUAAUAAAUCUAAUGACGAAAAAAAGAAAUUGACUUGACAUCGUCAAAAGAGGAGACUUACGCCUUCAUCUCACAAACUUUGAACCAAACGUAAAUAAAUUGGCUUUGAAUCAUCAAGCACAACCAUCUCAUUGAUCGAUACAUUUUAAAACAUUUUAAUUAUCCUCUUAAAUUAUAUUUAAACUUAAACUUUUCAUGUAUACUAUUAUUAUUUUAAUGAAAUGAGGGAAGGCGUUGAAAAAUAUUUUGGUUCUUAGGGGGGCGUCUGUUUUAAAAAGGUUGAGAAGCACUGGUCUACAUUGUAUGUUGAUUAUCAGAGGAUUCUUUUCUGGUUAAAAGUUUGUUAACAAAGAAAUACAAAUCUGUACAUCAUAUUAAAACUUGCAUCUACCUUGCUACUUCUAUAAUAAAAAAAUUAUUUAAUAAAUUAAUAAAAAUAUAAUUAUUAAAGUAAUAGUUAAUUUUAAUGUGUCAUCUUAAAACUCAGAAUAUUUUAAUUAAUAUUUUUAUUGGUGGAAAUCGAAGUCUAUAUUGAUGUAUUUGUAUUAAAUAUAAAUAUAUUAUUAUUCACAUAAACUAAAUACAUUAACUUAAUUUUGAAUAUAACAUACCUAAUCUAUAACUUUGAUUUUUGGUUUGUUUUAGGAUAUAACUAUAAAACAUGCCAAAGCACUAAGGUUCAUUAAGAGUAAAUUCCUUAUUGAGUAUUGUUUUCUUUAUUGAAAUAGUAAAUAUGCUUUCUGAAAGUAUUAAUUUCUUAACAAAUGUAUUAUAAUUAUGGUAAUUUUGGUUUUCUGCUAUUUAUUUUUAAUAAUCAAAAUCAUAACUGAAGUUUUGUUUGUUUUAGGAAUCUAAUCAUUCUACACAAAAUAAUAAAAUGUCACGAUUACAUCAUAUUCAACCAGAAGUGAGUAUAAUUCUUAUAUUUUGUAAUAUAACUUACAUUUAAAAAAUGUAGUAUAUUUUAUAUCACAGACUAGACAAUUUAAAUGGUAUAGAAUAUAUGUAUUAUUAUUACUUCUUACUAAGUAUUAAUUUUUUCUAUGCCAAGAAAAUUAUUGAAUUUGCACAAAAUUAAAAUGUAUAGGUUAGACUGAACUAUAAUUUAUAACUAAAUUAAGUAAAUAAUGGUAAUUUCCAGUUAAAUACAUUUUUGAUGAAUAUUUGAUUUCUAGAAAAAAGUACAAGAUAAAUUUUCUAUUGAAUAGUAAUUUAUAACAAAAAUAAGUGAAUUUACUUUUUUAGUAGUUAAAUAUUUUUAUCAGCAAUAAAAUGGUACACAUUUGCUAUGAAAUACCUAUUGAUUAUCGUCAUUAAACAAAUUUCAAAGUUAUCAAAUCAUACCCAACGAAUAUCCAGAAACCUUUGAACAUUUACAUAGACUGUUUUAAAAUAAAAUUAUGAGUUUACUUGAAUACUUAGUGUUUAGUUUUUCUUGAAUAUUUUAUUUUUCCAAUAAUGUUAAAAAUAAUUUACAAUUAUUUUAAAAUUACUUUUAGGUAUCAAUUUUUGCCGUUUCGCCAAAUCCUCCACCUAAACCUAGAAAAAUCAAAAGUGAACCUCCACCUUUAAAACCUGCAAUAUGGCCUGUGAAGCAACCUGUGGCAUCUAUGCAAUUGCAACAGUUCUUAAAAGCUCAGCGCCUGAGUCAAAAGCAACCAGUACAAAGAGGGCCCCCGGCACUAAACAAAAUGCAAUACUUUGCCAAUGAUAGCCGUACUGAAUAUCAAAAACAGCAACAGCAAAUGCAUCAAAAACUUAUGCAACAACGAAUGGCUAACAAUAAUAGUAUCCGGGAAGAUUCUCCAAAUCCCAUGGAUUUUCUUGAAGUAAUUUUAUAAUAAUAAUGAUAUUUUUAAGUACAGUUUUUAUAAUUUUUCAAUUUAACAUUUUUAGAUUGGUGUCCAUCCCGGUAACACUAUUAUCAAUAAUAUUUCUAAAAAUGCAAAACCAAAAUCUAAUUUUAGAAUAGUAAGAUGAUAAAUUUUUAACUAUUUUAUUAUAUCAAUUAUAUCAAUAUUUUAUUAUGUAAAUCAUUAUCUAAUAUGUAAAAAUUAAUUCUAGGGAGGAACUCUUGGGUCAUCAGACUCCGGUAGUCGCCGAAAGAAUGCCAAUCCUAGAAAAGUAGCUCGAGAAAAUGAAAUUGAAAUACCAAUACCAAAUGAUCAUUUUCUAUUAUCUCAGAUUAAACAAGAAAAUCUUCGACAAUCUUGUUUAUUGUGUGAACGAAAUUUUAGCAAUAAAUAUGAUCUUAGUCAACAUAUAUCAGAAGUUCAUGGUAUCGAACAAUCAGAUUUACAUCAAUCAAAUGGACAUUUAGGCGAAGAUGAAGAACUUGCUGAAAGUAUGAUGGAAGCAGAAACUGUAUUCUUUUGUGAAGUAUGUACUAGAGAAUUUCAAGACAAAGCUAGUCUUUGGUUACAUAUGGUUAGAGGGCACAAACAAGAAGCUGCAGUAACAUGUGGAGUAUGUAUGAAAAUCUGUAGUGAUAGUAAAUCACUUAUGGAACAUGUGAAUGUCCAACACCCCAAAAGUAGUGAUACGGCUGAUUCUAUACAGCGUAGGUAUAGAUGUCAAGUUUGUGCUCGACAACAUGAUACUAAAAAAAAAAUGAUGAGGCAUGUAGUUAUUCACACAGUUUACGAUAAUGAUGGUCAGAUUAUAGACCCUGAUAAAUUAAUUAUUAUCAACAAUAAUUUUCAUCCAACCAAGGCUUCAAACAAUGAGCAUUAUACAAUUAGUUGUCAAGUUUGUCAUAAAGUGUUUCCAAGUGAAGAAAAACUUUUACGGCACAUGUCAUCUGUUCAUUUGAUGACUGGUUGUGAUGAUAUGAUCACAACAACACUAUUGAUAGGUAAUUCUCAAAGUAGUUUUGUAAAUCGUUGUGAAUUAUGUGGGGACUCAUGUGGUUCUCGUACUGAAAAAUGGUGGCAUGUACUUAAAGAACAUGGCACUAAUGAAACACUUAUAUGUCCAAAACCAGAUUGUAGAAAAUUAUUUGUGUCACAAUCUUUACAAAUUGAACAUCAAUCUCAUCAUGAACUCCAAGGUGAUCUUCCUAACACAUGUGAAGUAUGUGGACGGUUGUGGCCCAAUAGAAAUGAUUUUUAUAAACACAUUAUGGCAGUACAUGCCGAAUGUAUGCCUUUGUUGUGUGGUAUAUGCCUAAAAGUUCAUUUAGAUGUACCUAAACUUAGAGAACACAUAAAAGAAAAACAUGAGCCUUUAGUAUCAAAAGAGAAUGCUAUAUACUGUGACAUAUGUGGCCGAACUUAUACUAAAUGGUCAAAAAUGAUGAGACAUAGAUCAAUACACAAUGUUGAAGACCAAGUUUCUCAUUUUGUAACAGAUCAACUAACAGAAGUGAACCUUAAAUGUACAUUAUGUCCAAAUACAGAAUUUAAGACUGUUGAAGAGAUAUCUGAACACCGUAAAAAUGACCAUCAACUACAUGUGUGUGAUCUUUGUUCUAAAUAUUACAGUGGUAACAAUCAUCUAUGGAAACAUGUAAGUAGGCAACACAAAGGUCACCCAGAUGUCACAUGUAGUUUAUGUGCUCGCACAUCUGCUUCCAAAGUUCACCUUAAACGACAUAUGAUGAAAUAUCAUUCUGAUCCUGUAGACCAACUUAUAGACAAGUCAAAUAAUAGUAGUUGUGCAGAAAUAAAUGCUACACAUCAAUGUAUGAAAUGUGAUAAAGUGUUCAGGAUAAGAAGUUUGUUGAAGAAACAUUUAAAAUAUUGCAAAGGUAAAAGAGACUCGAUGCCACCAAUACCCAAAGAAAAGGGUCAUUAUCCUUGUACAAAAUGUGGUAAAAUAUUUGAAUAUCAAACUUACUUAAAUAGGCACUUGAGGCAUAGUCAUCUAGUUCAGUAUUGUGAAAUAUGUUCAGAAGAUAAAACCGGUGAACAUUUUGAUAAUAAAAUGUUAUUGAUGGAUCAUAUCAGGGAAAAACACGUAAAUAAUCCAGAGUUAUGUUGUGAUUUUGAAGGUUGUGACAAAGUUAUGAGAACAAAAGCUGAUUGCCAAAAACAUAAACGUGAUCAUGUUCGUAAAGUGUUUUCAUAUGUAUGUGAAUUUUGUGGAGAUUUACAUUCAAAUAAAAAAACUUAUAGAAAACACUUACGACAACGACACAAAGGCAACACUCAAUAUUUAUGUGGAAUGUGUAUGGAACUUUGUGUUGACAGUGAUGGUUUAUCAAAACAUUUACAUGAAGCACACCCUCAAAUUUUUAACAAACCAAAUACUUGCCAACUUUGUGGAAAAAUGUUCACUGUUGGAAGUAAAGUAGGUGAGCACAUUGAUAAAAUUCAUGGAAAAAAUUUAAAACCUUGCAAAAUCUGUUGGAAAGUAUUCAGUGAUAUGGAAAAACUUAAAGAUCAUAUUGAAAAUCAUCCAGCAAAAGAAGAUUUUCCUAAAGUAGUUACACCUAUUAAAAAAUUAAUUGACCCUAAACCAAAAACUCCAAAAUUAUACGGUCUUCCUAAAGAACUAGCAGAACUUGGUUUUAGUGAAGAACAACAACAGAGUUUGAAACGAGAUAUAGAUGAUGCUUCAUCAGAUAUAAAUACAAAGAGACUGAGAAAAUUACAUUCUUGUACAGUUUGCUACAAAAGCUUCAGAUUUGAAACAGAUCUGUAUGAUCACAAAAGAGAAGAACAUUCUAUUAUAGAAGAUGGUUAUAAUAUGGAAGAAGACAAUAAUUGUGGAAAAACUGUAUGUGGAAUAUGCAGAAAAGAAUGGAUAAGUUUGAAACAUUUCUGGCAACAUCUAAUAAGGGCUCACCGUGCAGAAGCUGCUUUUGUUUGUGGGCUUUGCUGUCACAUAAGUACAAGUUAUAAUAAUUUAUCAUUACACCUGGAUAAUCAUCAUCCAAAUGCUACCGUGUCAUCAUUAUUUGCAUGUGAUGUUUGUGGUCGUAAUCACAAUGCAUUUUCAAAACUUCAGAAACACCGUAUUAUUCAUUCAAAUGCACCAACUGCAUCUCCAAAAUUUCAUUGUGAUGAGUGUGAACUUGUGUUUAAUACAGAGUCUUUUGGGGAAAAACAUAUCUUGACCCAUGGUCCUGGUGGCAAAUUGUGCAAAGGUAAAGAUUUGUGUCAAGAAAUGGAUGAUGACAUGUUGGAGGAACAAAUGGAAGAGGAAGACGUUGAAGAUGGUGAAACAGAGAAUAAAGGAGAUGAUGACGAUGACGAUGAUGAUGAUGAUGAUGAUGACGAAGAAGAAGAAGAAGAAGAAGAGGAAGAAGAAGAAGAAGAUACGCAAAAUGAUGAAGACGGUGACAUUGAGCAAAAUGAUGAAGACGGUGACAUUGAGCAAAAUGAUGAAGUAGAAGAUGAAGAAGAAACUGAUCAGAAUGUAGAAGAUUAUGAUGAAGAACAGAAUGAUGCAGAAGACGAUGAUGAAGAAAAAAAUGAUGAUAAAGAUAAUGUUGAAGUAGAUGAUGAAGAUGAGGUAGAAGAAAAUGGUGUUGAUGACGAAGAUGAGGAUGAGGAGGAUGAAGAUGAUGAUGAAGUCUAAUUUAGGUUCCUAUUUAUAUGUUAUUGAGCUUUUAAAGUUUUUGCAUAAAACCUGUUGUUUUUUUUGUUUAUUUAAUUUGUUCAUGAUGACGAAUCUGAGGAAGUAAAUUUCUUUGAAAGAAAACAUAAGUGAAUGUUAUUUUUAAAGACUGGUAUACUGCCAUUAAUUAACUUGGCUUGGCAAACAUAACAUAAUUUUUGGUAACCAUAUAUAUUGUAUAUACAUUUUAUACUUUAAUAAUAGGCAUGGGUUUUGUACUGAGUGUUCAUUUUUAUUUUAAUAUAAAUAUAUAUAAUUUAUUUUUAACACCAAAUAAUCAUUGUAUCAUAUUUUUGUUAUUUACUGUUAAAAAGGCACUUUAAUAACUGUUAUGCUAUUUGUAAAUAUUUCUUCAACUUCAUUGACAUUGUAAAUUGUAUAGAAUAUCAAAUCUUAAUAUAUGUUACAUGUACGAAUUUUUUUAAGCAAUGGCGUACCUUUAUUGUUAUAGUAAUUUAUUUAAUUGGUAAGCAGACAUAUUUUUUAACAAAAAACUUUACGCCUCAUAAUUUUAUAUAACCUGUGUGUAGUCAAUUAUCUUAAGGAUUUUAUUUUAUUAUUAUAUUAUUAUUAUUUAUGGAUCAAAAAUUCUAGACAUAAUCAAUUAUUGAAUUAUACAUUAAAACCAAACCAAAUUUUAUUAACAUCGUAUUUUUUUAUGAUUAAUAUCUGAUUUUAUACAAUAUGAUGAUUUAAUGUCAAAGUGCAAGUAUUUUUUUCUGUAUACCUUAUUUCAGUCAAUUUUCUUUUUUUUGACAUACAUUAAACAACAGUGUUAGUUGUUUAUUAGUGAAUAUUAUCUUGGGUGAGAUUUAUAUUCUCUUUAAAACUUGAAAUCAUG